CUGCAGAAUCUCCCUUUAGAUGACCUAGAGCACCAUGAGGACGAUCGCGCACAAGUAGAGCGGGUUCUUCGUGCACCCUACGAGGCUCUCUUCGACGACGCCGAGACCCAGCGUUCUGGGCGUACUACGGGCCGCGCCCUUGGUGACGCCGCGUAUCGAGGCGGUGCUCCAAGCAGAGGACUGACGGCAUCAACACAAGUAGGCCCUCAAGAUCAAGAUGCUAGCAACAGUUUGAAUUUCAACAUACUUGAUGGCUUCCUAAAUCCAACACCGAAUAAUGGUCCAGGCGCCGCAUCAGCAUCUACAUCCGGUUUCCUAGGUAACCUGUUUUUUGGUGGGGGGCUCUUCGCGUCAGGAACACAACAAUCAGCCACGCAAUCCCCAUCAGUCGGCGGGACGGCACAAAACGAACCCGGGACGACAUUUCAGAAUGCGUCUGCGGUGGAUCCACUCGCGACAUUUUAUAGAUCCCCGAAUGCGCAACCUGUCAAUAUGCAACGCGGAGAGAUUGCUUUGAGUGCUCAAAAUCGACCAGCUGGAAGCGGCAUGGUCGGUAUAGAAGGCCGGCAUAGCGCUACCGCACAGAGCACACCAUUGAACAGCGCCGUUGGCAAGAACUUCUCCACCCAGCCAGGUAGUGCGGUCACUUCCAAGGCCCUAACCGCAGGCCCUACUUUGCAACCAAGCGCGGAGCAGGACGAGGAUCAUCACCACAUCAAGAGACAAAAAGUCGCCGCAGACUCCGGCCAAAAGCUGAUUAACACGCUCAUCGCGCGACAACUCUCGCGAGAAGUGCGCUCUGGUGCCGUAAAAGAUGGACUGGGAACGUGCCUGCAGUCUUUGACCUUCACGAACUGCCGCCUCGGGCGACAGAAUAUGGAGCUGCUGGCACGGGGGCUGGCCCGUGCCAAGGGCGCGGACCUUAGAGAAUUGUCCUUGCACUUCUCCGAAACACUGGAACGGCUCUUGCUUGUGAGCUUUUUGCUUACUUUCCUGCCUAACGGUGUGCUGCGGAAGCUGCAGCUGCGGGGAAACGGAAUAGGCGCUGGCCAACUGGCGUUUCUCCUCGGCGGCGACUCACGGAGCACGCCUCGUCUCUCUGCGGCGGAGAGUCAGCUUACUGGUGCGCGUGCGACGACCCCAGCGACGCCAGCCACUGGCGGGCGCAACGUGGCGACGCUGUUUAGGACGGGGAAUAUUCCUGCGCAAAAGACUGCUGGCGUCAGCUCAGCAGGCGGCGCAAGUCCAGGUACUAUCGAUGAUCUCGCCGACGCCGGUGGAAACGCCUACUAUUCGAACUUUUUCGAAUAUAAUCAGCGUGGUCAGACCACAACGCAGGCAAUUGCAGAAGAGGGGGCUCACCGUCUGAGCGCACAAACGGACUUGGAACAGUUGCUGCAAAGAAUCAAAAUCGCCUGUGUUGGCGCGACUGACACAAAUUUGAUCGUCACCGGUGUGUUAGAAAACGCAGCCGCCGAGGCGGCGGAACAGCGAAGACUGCAUGAGGCUUUCCAUCUAGCGCACGCUCCUUCAGCAGGCACCGCUGGAGGAAACGCGCAGACCUCAGGAGAUGGUGUCGUAUCACCAUACUCCAACGCAAAGGCAAUUAGCCGCCCCAUGGCGUUUGGUAAGGAUAAUGGACGAGGCUUAAACGACAACUACAACCAGAACAUGUUUUCACGACCAGAAUCACCAGGAGGGACAGCGGCCGUGGGGGCGGAAAGGCAUGGGCUUACGACAAAUUUGCAUCAUCAGACGCAGCUCGUGGGAGGUCACAUAUUGACCAAAGCGCAAGCGAACUUGCUUGGUGCGCCAGCCGCGGAGGAGAUUGAAACUAGCACUCUCAUCAGAGACUGGCAGGCCAGGCCUGAACUUCAGCAACGAAUGAGUCCCACUGGAGCAGGCGCUCGAGAAGGUUUUGAUGAGUUCGCUCAAAACUAUGGAACAAAAAGUGCCUUCACACAUUCGGGUUUGCCAGGUGCUUCAGGAAUUGCACAGGGACAGAGUCCUGAUAUGAUGAUGAAUAACGGAGCCUACUCCGGACAAGGUGCAGAGGGAGAAGCUAUGAGCACACAAAUGUAUUUCGAACAAGGUGGUUACGGGUACGGCAACGACAGCACGCCCUUCAUGGCGGAGGAGGACUUGAUUCAACUGCAACAGGAGAAAAAAACCGCGAACCAAAAGAGCAGACAGAUGUUAGAUCGUGGAGCAAUUCAGCUGGAGCGGCGCGCCCGAAAACCACUCGCAGGCUUUCCUCGACGACAGUUGGGCAUUUUGGAUCACCCUAUAUCAGUGAUACAGAAACUCAUUCUAUCCGAAAAUGGUCUCGGGGAUGCGGGAUGUAUCGUGCUCGCUCAGAAUUGGGGACGUUCCCGCUUUCUUCAGGAGUUGCGGCUGGACGACAACGGCAUCACGAGUCUCGGCGCGCGCAUUCUCGCCUCACGAAUGGCGCAAGUGCGUCUGGUGGUCUCGUCUGACGUCGGCACUGCUAGAACCGGAAGUGACGGUGCGCGCUACGAACAAGAACCUGAUGCGGAUGCGCUACCUGAAUACGAGCCAGUGGCCGGUGCGUGUCCACAGAGUCUGGAACUGCUGUCACUGAAACAUAACCCAGCCAUCGGACGCGAUGGAGCUGAAAUCCUGGCCUCCUCGAUGUUCGGCGUAUCAGCACUGCGCUGCCUUGACCUACGGGAGUCCAUGGGCACAGGGGUCAACACUACAUUACUUGCUGCUGCUCGCGCAGAGCAACAACAAGCUGGAAUGUUUCGCAGCAGUAGCGAUUCUCCACGUCCUCCACCAUAUGCAGGUACGGGAGCUUCAGAAACAGGGGAAAGCGGAAGUAGACGGUUCGACUCCGCUUCCAAUCAGACGAGAUUUUUGCCUCCGUCAUCCUCGUCCUUCAUGCUGGAUCAGAGAAACGCGCCAUCCGGGUCGUCCGCAAAUAAUUACACAAAAGAAGGCCCUUUUGGCGCCACUGAGCAAGCAUCGAGAAUGGGGAAUUCGAAUUAUUCCGCGUUUGACACCAACCCUCCUGAUAUCCAAGACACCACUAAUUUCCAGCAGAACAAUAUCAAUACUCGUGGGGUCACAUUUGCGACCAAUAAUUAUGAGGCAGAGCUGCGAUACAAACUCAAACAUGCCCACCAGGUGGCUGAGUUCAUUACAAAAAUCGCACAAAGUCGCGAAACGUUGUCACGGAGCCAAGCGGCAGCCGUGUUGAAAGCCGAGAAGCGAGCAGAACAAGCUCGCGAACGCGAAGAGCUGCGUGCCCUUGCAAGAGUCGCCUCGCUCCCGCCACAUCUGCGUCAUGAAGCGGCACUAGAACUCGCGAAAACCCGUGACCAACGCCACCAGACAGGAACGAGCGCAAAACUUGGAGGUGCCCCAUACAUGCUUGAUCAUGAGGCAGCGCCACAAUUACCGGGUCCGGGUGCACUGGGUAGAGAAUAUCAUAAUGAACUACAACAACAGCGACCACAAGUGGAUGGAACUAUUCUGCCAGCACAAGGAUAUCGACUUGCUGAAUUGUCUGGUUAUCGAGGCAACCAGUACGAGACGCAUAAGAAGACUCAUCUGAGUCGACAGCAUUAUCACAUGUUCGGCUUGGAUGUGGAUCAAUUUUUGGCAGAAUCUGUUACUGGUUUAAAACUGGAGCAACAUCACGAUCCACUACCCUUCCAACCAGACCGAAUGCAGCAAGCAGUCUUUCUGAGCUCCGCUGCGCCGCCGGUCCUCUAUACACCUCCGUUGGCGCCUGCGAAAUCGAAGACGAAGAAGAUGUAAAGUCGUGAAUGUUGCGAUGCUGAAGAUAGUUACUAUCAACCUGCUUACCAUGGUGAUCAUGUUGAAAGUACUGAGUUCUGCGAACAUCAUGCAAACAGCAUGAUAAUUAGAAGUUGAGCUGUGCAGCAUACCGACGUCCCGUUGUAUCAAUGUGAUUGAGUAAAUACUAGCAAGCAGACUCCAGAUAAAAGUCCUCCACCCGUAGCUUGGGGAAGAUCACGCGCUUCCAUGAAGAUGCGUUGCUCUGCUUCCACUUGGAUUAUAUUUCUCUAUCGGUCGAGCUCGAGGCUCUUUUGACGGUCUGCCAAACCGUGAUGCACUCGUUGAGGAAACAUCAAGAGACACCAUGAAACAUCUAGCGCUUUUUUCUGUUUCCAUAAACUCAUACUCACUGCUGUCUGUUAAACGAUGUGACUCGCAUUCGCAGAUCAACUGAAAUAUUCAUAUUGAGGAAGGGUCC